GAUCUUCUCAUAAGAAGCAGCAAGGAGGGUUUUCCUGGGAGUAACAAUACUGUGCAUUUAAAGAAUAAGGAGCCAUGGCAGAUGACAGGAGGCGUGUGUCCAUACAUUUGGACUUUUCUCCACCAAUACCAAUAUAGUUCUGCGGGGAGCCAUCCGUGCUCCAGUGAAUUCUUGCUGGUUCUCCCCCUUCAGCUGAAAAACACUUUUCCUUGGGUGUGGCAGCAGAAGCAAAAUAAACGCCUUCUGUUCGCGAAGCUGCCCAAGCGCAAGUCACAACACACAGCUGACAGCGUGCGGCGGCUUUCGCGGCCCAGCGCCCGGGAGUGUCUCGGACGGGAGGACCAAAUAUGGCGUCCUCCGCUUCCCACCCGUUUUUUACACGAAUGCGAAUGUUUCACUGAAGGUCACCGAAGGCCGUUUGCCUGUAAGGUAGAGAAAAACACGUGCACCGUCUCCCCUUUUCCAAACAACUCCUCCCGAGUGGCUGCCAGUGCUGCUCCGAUACUCUUCUAAACAUUUACUUGAUGAUAUUUGCCUUCUAGGAAGGCGUUUCACCCAGAUGGCAGAAAUCAUCAGCUCUUAAGUCCUCCUGUCACAUUCCUUUUCCACUUGAAGCACUUGGGCAAACGAUGAGACCCUCCCAUGACCAGGCGCUGAUGCUUGUAGCAGCAUGCCGGGAUUUCCUAAUGCUUUUACGGGCUGUUCUUCCUCUGUCACGUUUCAAACUCGUACCCGGCCCCCUCGUUCCGAUCGGAGGCCAGUUGGUAAUAAUGCUGCAGAUGUUUCUUUUUUUUAAUUUUUUUGAUAGCUUAGACGGGCUUUUUUUUUUUCCUCUCCUCUUGUGCAGCGUUGGCGCUCAGCACGGUCAGGAAGUCCAUGCGUCCCUCGGAGACCACGGCAAGUAGAUCCAAGACGAGCGUCGACCUUUCUCGCAUGCAGCUCCGGAGGAGGACGCUUGCGCACUGCAGCCUGUGCUUCGGUCGUGCGGCGUGAUUUAUGAACUGGACGCGGACGGCUCUACGGCGGCGGGUCUAAUCGGUGGUCACGUUGUGGUUUCCUGAGUUCUGUAAAUUCUCGGCGCUCACUCCAGGACCAUCUCGGAGCAGGUGACCCACAUAGAGCUCUCAAGACGUGACUGUGGGACAGGCCGUCUCCCUCGCAGCCCCGGCCGUCCUCCUGUCGCCUCCUUAAAGGCAAUGAUCAUCGCCUGAGGAGAAGCUCUGCACGACUCCACUGUGUGAAUGAAUCUUUGCCGUAAAGCCGCUGUGCUCUGCCACCCUGUCACCAUGAAGAGCAAGUACUCCCAGUACUACAACCAGAGCCUGAUCCACUCCUACUACACCUUCGCAAAGAACAUGAGCACCCAGGAGCUGGCCAAGCGCAUCGAGAACAAGAAGAAGCUCAGCAGCCUCGACAUGGUCAUCGUGGUCCUCUGCACCAUUAUCAUCCUGGAGAACCUGCUGGUCCUCAUCGCCGUCUGCCGCAACAAGAAGUUCCACUCCGCCAUGUUCUUCUUCAUCGGCAACCUGGCCUUCUCCGACCUGCUGGCAGGCUCCGCCUACAUAGCCAACAUUUUCCUGUCAGGGUCGAGGACCUUCGACCUGAUGCCCGUGCAGUGGUUCAUCCGGGAGGGCACGGCGUUUAUCGCUCUGGCGGCGUCGGUCUUCAGCUUGCUGGCGAUAGCCACCGAGCGCUACAUCGCCAUCACCAAGGUCAAGGUGUACGGCUCCACCAAGACGUGCCGCAUGUUCCUCCUGAUAGGAGCCUGUUGGGUCACCUCCAUCCUGCUGGGAGGGCUCCCCAUCAUGGGCUGGAACUGCAUCAACGACCUCCCCGAGUGCUCGGCCGUGCUGCCGCUGUACUCCAAGAAAUACAUCCUCUUCGUUGUCACCAUCUUCAGCCUCAUACUGCUCUCUAUCGUCAUCCUCUACGUGAGGAUCUACUUGAUUGUGCGCUCCAGCCACCAGGAGGCGACCAACCUGCCGGCCUACGCCCUCCUGAAGACAGUCACGAUAGUGCUGGGCGUCUUCAUCAUGUGCUGGCUGCCCGCUUUCACCAUCCUCCUCCUGGACACGUCGUGCAGGAUACAGUUCUGCCCCAUCCUCUCCAAAGCGGAAUUCUUUUUCAGCUUUGCCACUCUGAACUCGGCGCUCAACCCCGUGAUCUACACGCUGCGCAGCAAGGACAUGAGGAAGGAGUUUCUGCGCGUGCUGUGCUGCUGGGGGGUUCUGCACAGCGGGCGGCCAGCCGACCGCUGCCUGGUGCCUCUAAAGAGCUCCAGCUCUCUGGAGCACUGCACCAUCAAACAUGAACAUCAGACCACACCGAUCAUGCAGGACUGUACCAGCGUCUGAUACGGUGCAAAGACAUCAGAGUGGGCGUGUGAGUGAGUGAGUGAGUGAGUGCGUGCAUGCGUGUUUGUGCGUGUGGGAGAUGAAAAAAAGAGGUCCUGCUGGGAUGCAGAGAUGUUAAAAAAGAUGCUCUGGAGUGAGAAAAGCUGCCUUUUUCUUAUUACAAUCGGAGUUGUGUGAAUUCACAAUCCGCAUCCAAUCCAUCGCAGCGGGUGUCAAAACACAAUGUUUCAAGAGGGAGCCAAUUGAGCAGGAGGGUACUGUCAGAAAUGUGAUAAGCUUUUUUUCGUGGGUACUCUGGUUAAUUAAAAUGGAGUCAUGUAAAUACUUUCUAAACAUGUAAACCCCUUUUGAAAGCCAAAAUCAGAAACAGGCAUAAUAUUGUAGUUAUGGUGAACUGUUUUGGGCCUUCCAGCCAUUGUAGCUAUGCAAAGAUUGCAAAGUUGCACUUUGUAGUAUACUGUUGUCCUCCGUUUCACUCUCAUGCACUGAUAUGUGUAAACAUCAGCCCCCUCCCCCCUCGAUCCAUCACUUGUGAUCAGCUCCACUGAAGCCAAGUUACCACGAGUACUCCCUCAACUAAAACCGGAGCUACUUACUUCCCCAUAUAACCUUGCUUAAACAAUUUGAAUAACUACGACAAACUUACAUAAUCUGCUUACAUUUAAUGCAUGAAAUUCAAACGUAUUUGUAAGAGCUAAUGUAUGUGUGAUAUACUCCAGCUUCCAUCACUAACACCGCUUCCCUCAUCCGUUCUCAUAGUCUGUCCCUCUUGCUUUUACUGUUGUCUUUUGUAUCCCAACAGUUUCCGUUGAGGAAGGCCUAAUCAGAAAGCACAUUUCCUGAAGUGAGUUGGCGCUGAUGGGUUUCACUCAAUGUCAGCUGUCCAGCAGCUUUGACUAAUGGGGCCGACGUCCCGACAGUGUUGCAGCAACGUAGCCGCGAUGUGCCGUCUCUGUUAGUGCCUUCCACCCUGGGGAAAAUUAGGCUGAAUGUAUGUAUGAAGUGUUUGGGGCAGGUUGCUCCGUUGUUGACAGUAUUAUCGAUCGUCCUUAUGAAUUACCAAGUCAUUGACGAGCAGAGAACGGGAUGAACAGGGUAGGUCACUCUCACUGUGAAGUCUUCAAAAGCACCCCGAACAAAACAAAAAAACUCCACCACGUUGUGAACAUCCUGGUUUAAUUUGCUGGCCGUAUGCCUUGUGCAGCUAAAGAACACGUAAACACGUCUCAUCUUUCCAAAGACCCCCUUCCACCCCUACAAAAUACGAGCAGAUCCGGUUCCAAAUGCACAGGGGGGUGGGGGGGGUUCCCCCUGGGAGGUCACCUUCAUCCUCAUCUCUGACAUCCUACAACAUGUCACUUCCUCCCGCCACAGGAAGUCCGUUUUUUCAUUGUCCCGUUCCUGUUGCUCAGGGUUAUACUAACCCUUUUCCUGUGGACAUACAUCUAAAAGUCUCCCUCGCUUGUUUUUGAUAUUGACAUUUAAAUUUAGAUGACCAAGUAGAAAUGGUGAAAAGCACUUUGGCAGCUUCAGUGAUGUUUGCUUUCCCGAGUUUUUUUUUUUUUUUUUUCCGAUGGAGAAGGUGUUUUGAACUGUGUACCUGUCCCUUCAUUGUGUUGCUUGACUCUGUGAUGUUUUAUAGUAAAUACAUGAAUAACUAUGUAUGUUUGUCUGUAUGUAUUUUUGUACAGUAUGUAUGAUUUGUGUUGUAUAAAAUGUCUCGUGUGCAAUAGCCUUUUUUAUGUCCAAUAGCACGCUGCCUGUGUUAAAUCGGUACAAUCUGAAACACUAAUGUAGGUACAUAAACGUUUUGUUCUUUGCAUUCCUUUUUUAUAAAAUAAAUGAAAUACUGAAAGAAA